CAGGCCGGCGACAGCCCGGGUCCGAGGCAGAGUUUGUCCCGCUGCAGCCUUGAGCUCUGGCGGCAGAUCCGGGAGAGGGGGCCCCUGUGAAGCAGGACGUGAGGCUCACCCAGGGGCCAGGGUGAUGAUAUGAAUCCAGACCGAGCCCCGGGCCCCGGUGUGAGGACAGUGCGGGUGCAGGGAGAGAGCAGCGCGGUGCAUACCUUGGGGCUCGUAUCCUGAGUGCUGGGAUCCCCCAGGCCGCUCCCUGGCCCCCCAGGCCCCCCGGCCGGCGCCCAGCCACCCUGCGCAGGGUCAGCUGUUUCUCAGGCUGCAGACCACAGGGGCCUGGCUGGUGGCUGCGGUGCCCGUGCCCUGUUCUGCACCUGGCCUCUUCGAUGUCACCAGCUCUGAGCGCCCUCCUUCUCCUGGGCCUGGGCCUGCGGCUGGCUGGAGCCCUCAACCCCAAUGACCCCAACACCUGCAGCUUCUGGGAAAGCUUCACCACCACCACCAAGGAGUCCCACUCCCGCCCCUUCAGCCUGCUCCCUUCGGAGCCCUGUGACCGGCCCUGGGAGAGCCCCCGCACCUGCCCCCGGCCCACGGUUGUCUACAGGACCGUGUACCGCCAAGUGGUGAGGACAGACCACCGGAAGCGUCUGCAGUGCUGCCGGGGCUUCUAUGAGAGCAGUGGCAUUUGUGUCCCGCUCUGUGACCAGGAGUGCGUCCAUGGCCGCUGUGUGGCACCCAACCAGUGCCAGUGCGUGCAGGACUGGAGGGGUGACGACUGCUCCAGUGGGUGCGCCCCAGGAGUGUGGGGGCCGCAGUGCGACAAGCCCUGUCCCUGCGGCAACAGCAGCUCCUGUGACCCCAAGAGCGGAGCCUGCUCCUGUCCCUCCGGCCUGCAGCCCCCUCACUGCCUCGAGCCCUGCCCCUCUGGCCAGUACGGUCCCGCCUGCCAGUUCCGCUGCCAGUGCCACGGGGCACCCUGUGACCCCCGGACUGGAGCCUGCUUCUGCCCCCCAGAGAGAACUGGGCCCAGCUGUGAGGUGUCCUGUGACCUGGGCACUGCCGGCUUCUUCUGCCCCAGCACCGAUCCUUGCCACAACGGGGGCGUCUUCCAGGCCUCCCAGGGCUCCUGCAGCUGCCCACCGGGCUGGACGGGCACCAUCUGCUCCCUGCCUUGCCUGGAGGGCUUCCACGGACCCAACUGCUCCCAAGAGUGUCGCUGUCACAAUGGUGGCCUGUGCGACCGCUUCACUGGGCAGUGUCGCUGCGCUCCGGGCUACACUGGGGAUCGGUGCCGUGAGGAGUGCCCCGUGGGCAGCUUCGGGCAGGACUGCGCGGAGACGUGCGACUGCGCGCCCGGCGCCCGCUGCUUCCCGGCCAACGGCGCGUGUCUGUGCGAGCACGGCUUCACCGGGGACCGCUGCACCGAGCGCCUGUGCCCCGACGGCCGCUAUGGCCUCAGCUGCCAGGAGCCCUGCGCCUGCGACCCGGAGCACAGCCUCAGCUGCCACCCGAUGAGCGGGGAGUGCGCGUGCCUGCCGGGCUGGGCCGGCUUGCACUGCAACGAGAGCUGCCCGCAGGACACGCACGGGCCCGGCUGCCAGGAGCACUGCCUCUGCCUGCACGGCGGCGUGUGCCUGCCCGACAGCGGCCGGUGCCGCUGUGCGCCCGGCUACACGGGCCCGCACUGCGCCAGCCUCUGCCCCCCUGACACUUACGGAGUCAACUGCUCCGCCCGCUGCUCCUGCCACAACGCCCUGACCUGCUCGCCUAUCGACGGCGCCUGCGUCUGCAAGGAGGGUUGGCAGCCUGGUAACUGCUCUGUGCCCUGCUCGCCUGGAACCUGGGGCUUCGGCUGCAACGCCAGCUGCCAGUGUGCCCAUGCAGCAGCCUGCAGCCCCCAGACCGGGGCCUGUACCUGCACCCCUGGGUGGCAGGGGGCCCACUGCCAACUCCCGUGCCCGAAAGGACAGUUUGGUGAAGGCUGUGCCAGUCGCUGUAACUGUGACCACGCUGACGGCUGUGACCCUGUUCACGGACGCUGCCAGUGCCAGGCUGGCUGGACGGGCCCCCGCUGCCACUUGCCGUGCCCUGAGGGCUUCUGGGGGGCGAACUGCAGUAACACCUGCUCCUGCAAGAAUGGGGGCACCUGCAUCGCUGAAAAUGGCAACUGCGUGUGCGCACCUGGGUUCCGGGGCCCCUCCUGCCAGCGAUCCUGCCAGCCUGGCCGCUAUGGCAAACGCUGUGUGCCCUGCAAGUGUGCUAACCACUCCUCCUGCCAUCCCUCGAACGGGACCUGCUACUGUCUGGCCGGCUGGACAGGCCCUGAUUGCUCCCAGUCGUGCCCUCUAGGGCACUGGGGACUCAACUGUGCCCAGCCCUGCCAGUGCCGCCACGGGGGGACCUGCCACCCCCAGGAUGGGAGCUGUCUCUGCCCCCCAGGCUGGACUGGACACCUCUGCGUGGAAGGCUGCUCUCUGGGGAUGUUCGGGGCCAACUGCUCCCAAGCAUGCCAGUGUGGUCCUGGAGAGAGGUGCCACCCGGAGACGGGAGCUUGUGUGUGUCCCCCAGGGCACAGUGGCGCCCCCUGCAGGAUUGGAAGCCAGGAGCCCUUCACCAUGAUGCCCACCUCUCCAGUGGCCUACAACUCGCUGGGGGCCGUGAUCGGCAUCGCAGUGCUGGGGUCCCUGGUGGUUGCUCUGCUCGCGCUGUUCCUUGGCUAUCGCCACUGGCAGAAAGGCAAGGAGCACCAGCACCUGGCGGUGGCCUACAGCAGCGGGCGGCUGGAUGGCUCUGAGUACGUCAUGCCAGAUGUCCCUCCGAGCUACAGCCACUACUACUCCAACCCCAGCUACCACACGCUGUCACAGUGCUCCCCGAAGCCCCCGCCCCCUAACAAGGUUCCAGGCAGUCAGCUCUUUGCCAGCCUCCAGGUCCCUGAGCGGCCGGGGGGAGCGCACGGGCAGGGUGACCACAGCACCCUUCCUGCUGACUGGAAGCGACGCUGGGAGCCUCUGGACAGGGGUGGCCGCCUGAGCUACAGCCCCAGCUACCGGAGCAGCGACCGCCCAGGCCCGUUCUCCAGUAAAGGGCCAAUCUCCGAAGAGGGGCUGGGGGCCAGCAUCGCUUCCCUGAGCAGCGAAAACCCCUAUGCUACCAUCCGGGACCUGCCUGGCCUCCUGGGGGGCCUGCGGGAGAGCAGCUAUGUGGAGAUGAAAGGCCCCCCCUCAGGGUCUCCCCCCAGGCAGCCCCCUCCGCUCCGGGACAGCCAGAGGUGGCGACAGCCCCAGUCGCAGAGAGACAGUGGCACCUAUGAGCAGCCCAGCCCUCUGACCUAUGGUGAUGGAGACUCUGUGGCCUCCCAGCCCCCACCGCCUCCGGGCCUGCCCCCCGGCCACUACGACUCCCCGAAGAACAGCCACAUCCCCGGACACUAUGACUUGCCUCCAGUACGGCACCCCCCGUCACCCCCAGCUCGGCGCCAGGACCGCUGAGGGCUCGGGUGGCGUGCAGGAGCCAGCGUCCUUCGCUGCCCAGGGCUGGGGGCAGAGCCUGCUGUAGCCUGCCAGCCGCGGGGACAGGACCGGCGGGCCGUGAACGCGAACAGGAACACGACUAACAGAGGAAGUGAAUGUCGGGGAGACCGGGUCUGGCUCCCAGGGUCCAUCAUGGGAGACGCUGGUCAUCGGGCGGCCUGCCUUCCCUUUUGUACAUUUUCCAACCUGCUGCUCCCCCAAGGCCCCAGGGCCUUUGUACAUAAACUGGUGGGUUGAAAGUUGUUAGAAAACUCUGAUGUCAGAUUAAUGUCAAAAAUGUA